AUGAGGUUAGGAGGUCGAAAAUGAGUUAGAAAGGAACAUUGAAGAAGAGCGGCGGCGGCGGUUGGGAGUCGAAUGGUGUGGAAUUUUGGUAAUGGGAGGAGGAGGGAUCAACAAGAGGGAGAAAAGAGGUUCUUCACCAUCGUCCACAUCGCCCUGUGCCGAGCUUAGAGACGCUUACCACAACUGCUUCAACAGGUGGUAUUCGGAGAAGUUUGUGAAGGGUCACUGGAAUAAACAGGAGUGCCUUUCCGAGUGGCAGAAAUACAGAGAUUGCCUCUCGCAACAUUUGGAAGAUAAGCAUCUGAGCCGGUUCUUAGAGACCGAUGGUGUUGCUGAUUUGACUGAUCAGGCUGAUUCUCAAAAUCCCAAUGCUGCCUUCAAAUGAUUCGCGUUGCACAUAAUCUUUUUUCCUUGCUAGAGAUGAAUCGUCUAUGGGCUCUUUCAUGGGGGAACGGGUCAUGUUGGAGGAUUCAUUGAUGGCUGCCUAUAUCUGUCCUGCUAAUGAUACACAUGGAUCUUCAUUGCUCCUUGGAAGUUUGAAUGAUGGAUUUGAUUUCAUGAAGCUUUAAUGAUGGUUUCCAUGACAUUUGGGAUUUGGAGUUUGAGGGAACCUAGGAUAUGGAUGAAUUUCAGUACUUCUCUACAACUUGAUGAUGCAUUUCAGUUCUCUUAAAGACGGAUUUCAUCAUGAAUCUUCAAUAAGGGAUUUUGUGAAUGGCUAUAAUCUUCACAUUUUUAUUUUC